AUGGCGUCCCACAUCGCGAAACCUAUAUUGCGCGCCCGAUUGUCGUCCAGGCCGGCAAACGGGGCGGCAACGUUCAUCCCCCAAGUCCGCAAGGUCGUCUUCGAGUUCUGCCCCCACUGGCCCUCCUCACACAACCUCCGCACCUACCUCCACAACCACCUCGAGGACGUCGCACGCAGACACCCCCACGUCGAGUUUGUCGUAAAGGAGAGGAAGAACAAACAGCCCAUUGCUCGUGGCUUCUACCUGAAUGACAACGAGAAGGUCGUCCCAUUGAACGGGUUCGAGACGAAUGGUGUUGCCAACAAAGUGCAACUGCUACUGGACUCCUCGGGCGCCAGGAUUGUACCUCUCAAGCGCAGGACCGUCGUCAGCACCACAGAGUCGGCGAGAGGCAUCUGGAGCGGGCUUCAUGACCAGCCAUAUCAGAUCUGA